CUUUUAUUGCGAAGUUAUCAUCCCGGAAGUGCGUGUAUCGGCGUCUGCGCGCGGCGUCCACGGUUCCGGUCUUCGCAGCCCUGACUCACAGAAGCUAAUUGUGAGGAUGCCGUCAAUUGAAUACGACGACUCCAAGCCCAGCUGGGCAGACCAAGUCGAGGAAGAGGGAGAUGAAGGUACACUACCAUCCCCCAAGGAAACCAUUAAAGGAAAUAUCAAAACAGUCACAGAAUACAAAAUAGACGAUGACGGGAAGAAGUUCAAGAUUGUGCGGACUUUCAAGAUUGAGACAAGAAAAGCCUCAAAGCUGUUGCCAGAAGAAAGGUCUAAUUGGAAGAAAUUUGGGAACUCUGAAUUUGAUGCACCAGGCCCUAAUGUUGCCACUACCACAGUUAGUGAUGAUGUCUUCAUGACUUUCAUCUCCAGCAAAGAGGACUUGAAUGCCCAAGACCAAGAUGAGGAUCCAAUGAACAAACUGAAAGGACAGAAGAUUGUGUCUUGUCGUAUUUGCAAAGGUGACCAUUGGACCACCCGUUGUCCUUACAAGGACACUCUGGGCCCAAUGCAGAAGGAGUUGGCUGAACAGCUUGGGUUGUCCACCGGAGACAAGGAGAAGCCUGCUGGCUCUGCUGAACCAGAGCCAGCUCAGCCUGCUCAGAGCAAGACUGGAAAGUAUGUGCCUCCAAGCCUGAGGGACGGAGGCACACGACGAGGGGAGUCCAUGCAGCCAAACCGCAGGGCUGAUGACAAUGCCACCAUCCGUGUAACCAAUCUGUCUGAGGACACUCGUGAGACAGAUCUCCAGGAGCUUUUCAGACCAUUUGGCUCCAUCUCCAGGAUCUAUCUGGCCAAGGACAAGAAUACUGGACAGUCAAAGGGCUUUGCCUUUAUCAGUUUUCAUCGUCGGGAGGAUGCAGCCAGAGCCAUUGCAGGAGUAUCAGGAUUUGGAUAUGAUCAUCUUAUUCUCAAUGUUGAAUGGGCCAAACCUUCAAACAACUGAGGAAUCAUCAGAAUAUUCCAAAAGGAUGCCACAUUUUAUUGUUUUAGUAAAAUAUGGCUGUUAUACAAAUAAAAAGAUUCAAUGUUGUCUCAA